AUGUCACAGGAUUACCCGGAGUUGAAGCUACAGAUCGAAAUUUAUGCAUUAUCUCCAGAUUCAUCAAAGCAGAAUCUAACUCAGUUAUUUUUAACCAAAGACAACACAUUUGAUGAAGGAACGGAUCCAGUUACAGCGUUAUAUAUUGUUUGCUAUAAAGGCUACCGGGAUUUAGCAGAAUUUAUAUUAGACAAUACAAAUAAUCAUUUUGACCAAAGCUUUCAUCCAUUGAAUGCAGCAGCUUCUUCUGGUCAUUGCUGCUUAUUAGAGUUAUUGAUAUCAAGAGGAGCAGAUGUGAACUAUCGUGAUAAUAGUGGUCAUACUUCCAUGACUAUUGCUUGCAUAAGUAAACAAGAAAAUGCAAUUAAAUUACUUGUCGAUAAAGGAGCUGACUUAAACAAACGAACAAACAAAGGUCCAACUCCUUUGAUGUGGGCAUGCUCAAGUGGUAACAUUAAAAUUGCAGAACUGCUUAUCAUCCAUGGCGCUGAUAUAAACAAAUCCGAUUACGAAGGAAAAACACCGGUUAUGUGGUCUCGUAAACGCUCUGCGGAUAAAAUGUUUGAUUUUUUAAUCUAUAAAGGUGCCAAUUUAAAUAAAGGUGAUAACAAUGAAUGGACGUCACUGAUGUGGGCAUGCUAUUAUGGAAUAACCAGUGUUGUAGAGAUUCUUAUUUUGAAUAGUGCUGACAUUAACCAGGUCAAUAACGUAGGGUGGACAUCAUUCAUGAUAGCGUGUAAAUGUGGAAAACUAGAUAUUGUGAAUAUUCUAAUAAAUAAAGGAGUUAAUAUAAACAUGAAAGAUAAACUUGGUCGAACAGCUUUAAUGCUGGCUUGUACAGAAGGACAAACUGAAGUAGUAAAUGUUCUAAUUAAAAAUAAAGCCGAAAUAGACUGUCAAGAUAUAUAUGGAGUUACACCUUUGGAAGAAUUAUGUUCCCAGGGACAUUUACCUUUAGCAUGCAUUCUACUACAGGGCCAGGCUAAUUGUAAUAAAGCUGAUAAUGAAGGUUGGACUCCAUUGAUGGCGUCCUGUUUUAGCAAUAAUUACGAAAUCACAAGGUUAUUAGUUGAUCAAGGGGCUGAUUUAAAUACAACCAAUAAGGAAGGUGAAACUGCUCUUUUGAUAGUUUGUAUGGGUGUAAUAAACAGAACAAUUGCGUUUUGUAUCGAUACAGGUGUUUAUGAGAAGCCUUACAUCAAUAUUGAUAAACGUGACCUUAAAUAUAACGAAAUUGCACUACUAAAUGUCGAAUUUUUAAUUAAUAAAGAGACAAUCAUCGAUGAACCCGAUAAGUAUGGAUGGACAGCACUUAUGUGGGCUUGCAAAAACAAUAACAUUGAUAUAGCUUCAGUGCUAAUUCAAAAAGGUGCAAAUAUGAACCAUAUUUCUUGCGAUGGAAAAUCAAUUCUACAAAAGGCAUUAAAUAAAGAUAAAAAGGCUAUUAUUGUGUUGCUUUUCCGCAAUGGUAUUUCUGAAUUGAAAGAACUUGUGCAUGCAAUAGUUGACAACGAUCAGAAAACUGUGGAUUUUUUAAUUGAUGAUCAAAAAAGUUUUCUGGAAAUUGACGGGAAAACUGAGAAAAGUACAAAUUUGAUAGACGGGUUCGACAAUUACGGUUACACUCCUCUUUUGAUAUCUUGCCGUACCCGAAAUAUUGAAAUUACUCAUUACUUAAUCAAGAAAGGGGCCGAUGUAAAUAUGUCUUCUUAUGAUGGAUUAACGGCUUUAAGGGUUGCAUGUUUAAACAAUGACACAGAACUAGUUUCACUUUUGAUAGAAGCCGGGGCAAAUGUAUACACCGAGCUAGUGCUUGCUUUUAAUAUUAAGGAAACUACCACCAGCAAGCUCUUGCUUGGUACAAUGCCGAACCUAAAUGAAAUGUUAUACAAAAGUUGUAGAUUAAAUGAAACUGAUUUUGCUUAUUUCUUAAUUGAAAAUGGUGCAGAUAUUGACCACAGAAUUGUAGACAGACGAAAUACGCACUGGUUAGCAGAGUGCAUUGAUCCUUCAACAGCUCUACUGUCAGCAUGUCAAGGUAAUAAGAUAUACAUUACCAGAGCUCUGAUAGAAUUAGGAGCGAAUGUUAAUAUUUUGUCUGAAAACAAAACAACUCCGUUAAUGUGGGCAAGUUACAGGUCUCAUACAGAUAUUGUUAUUUUGCUUGUAAAAAGAGGAGCGAAUGUCAAUGACAUCAAUGAAAAUGGUUGGAAUUCUUUAAGAUGGGCUUUAGAAGGGCGAAAUAUGAAUAAUAUUAAUUAUCUAAUUAAAAAAGAUGCCUAUAUCGAAACAAUUUUUUUCAGCGCCAUGCGAGACAAUAAUACGUGGAUCGUUGAUACGUUAGCGAAAACUGUAGGGAAUUUAGAUAGAUUGCUGACUAUUUCAUGUGAAUAUGGCGAUGAAUGCACCGUUGACAAAUUGCUUUCUAAUGGUGCAAAUAUUCACUAUCAAGAUGAAAAUAUGUGGACACCUUUGAUGAGAGCGUGUAAGUACGACAACAAAGCCAUCAUUUCAUUAUUAUUGAAACGGGGGUCUCUUGUUAAUACCGAUCUUCUGACUGCUGUUAAAAUGGGAGAUAAUACUCUAACAAAAUCUUUAAUUGAAGCAGGUGGCGAUUUGAAUAAGAUUUUUAUUGAAUCAUGUAACAAAGACGACAGAAACACACAACACUUACUUAUCCAGCACGGUAUAAGUAUAGAUGGAGCUCUCCAUGCCGCGUGUUGCACUAAUGAUUUGAAUACAGUCUGUAAAAUUCUUAAGUUUGAAUUUGACAUUGAUAAACGCAAUGAAAAUGGUUUCACUCCCUUAAUGACCGCUUGCAAGCAUUCAACCGACGAAAUAUUUCAGUUAUUAGUGACGAAAGGUGGGGCAAGCAUUUUCCAAUCACUUAAAUUUGCCCAUGAGAAAGUAGGGAACUCAUUUUGUAGAAUAUUGAUGGGAAAAUGUAGAAAUGAGGAGUUGGUAAAGGCAUUAUUUGAAGCGUCAAAAAUUGGACAUUUUGAUAUAAUUCAACUGCUGAUUGAAAAGAACGUAAACUUGAAUCAAACUAAUGAAGAAGGAGAUUCUCCUUUAACACUUGCAUGUAAAAUAGAUUAUCAGUAUCUAGCAGAAUUACUGAUAAACAAUGGAGCAGAUACUGGAGAAGCUUUUAUACGGGCUUUCAAGCACAAUAAUGUAGCAUCAACUAGGUUAUUGAUAAAAUGUGGUGCCGAUGUGAACAAAGUUGAUUCUAUUGAAUGGAGUCCACUGACAUGGGCAUGCUUUAUCAGACAAGAAAUAAUUACAUUAAAUCUUUGUGUGUCGUCAGAAUUAGAAAGUAUUAUUGACCUUCUCAUUUCAAAUGGAGCUGACGUUAACUUUGCCCUAAAAAAUGUAUGUGGAAGCCAAUACAACACUGACAAAGAGAGUUCUAUUCAGUUACUCAUUUAUAAAGGAGCUGAUAUACACCAUACUACCAAGAAUGGGAGCAAACUGUUAGAAUUGUUAAAACGAGAUGGAAAUAAAGAAUGUAUUAAACUUCUUCAGUCAUAUGGGCGAAUAAAGACAAAAUGCAUUUUAAUGUAGUGAUUGGAGUAUAUAAAUGCAUUUUAUGGGACGAGUGUGUAAUGCGAUGGUUUAGAAUUUGUAAUUUUGAAAAUUAGUAAUUAACAUUUUAACGGUAAAUGAUAUAUAAAAGUGCUCUAAUCAAAUGUAUUUUGAGGUGAAUGUUAUGAUAAUGAUG